CUUCUCCUUGCCCUUCUCCUUGCCCUUCUCCUUGCCUCCCUCCUGGCCCCUCUCUGCCUCCUCCACCGUCCCCCUUCCGCCCCAUCUCCCCGCUACCCCCCCCCAUCUCUCUCUUCCUCUUCGUCUUCCCCCCUUUUUCAUCAUCACACUUGAUCGGGCGGAUGUCCGGUUCAUAUCGACCGGAGGUGGGUAAGAUCGAGGGUGCCGGCGCAGAGGGCGCACCACCGCCGGGCAAGCCCCCGAUCUCUGGCUCCCUUGACGCCGAGGAGCCGGGGCGGUCGCCAUCCGCCCGGCGUACGGCGCGUCCGGGACUCCUUCCACUGCGCGCGUCUGAGCGCAUGUCCCCCUCGCGCACGCCCUCCCGGCGUCUGGCGCCCGGGAGCCCGCGCUCGCCGAUCCAGCAGUUGGUGCAGGAGCUCCAGCGGGACACUCUGACGGAUCAUGACAUCUAUUCGCUGGCCGCGCCGGCGGGUGGGGGGCCUUUGCGCGAUGGCGUUGGUGUACCCCUCGGCUGGGCAUUCAGUCGGGCGGGUUUGCCCUCGCAGCGCAUUUCGGGCCUCGAUUCCUUCCAACUGAUGCAGCAGCCCCAGUCAGACCAUGGAUUCCCCAUGGCCGGAUCCUUCUCCAGCAUACCGGCUCCCCCUCCGCCGGUUCUGUUGCCCUCUUCGCGCAAUGCGUCCGGCAUGUCCUCCAGUUCGGUGAUGGAGCAGCUGCUCCGGACGGGGGACUUCUCGUCACUUUCCUCCGCCGGAAGUGGGUCCCCCAUCCCCGGCUUGCCGCAGGGCGCGAGGCCUUCCCUUUCGAUGGGGGAAAAGCCGCCGCCGGCGCCCCUCUUCCUGGACUCGCGACCGGUCGCAGCGGCCGCGGUGGCAGAACCAACAGCACCAGCAGCACCAGCAGCACCAGCAAUGGCAGCGGCGUCAAAGACCACGGCGGAGACGGCGAUGGCCAUUGAUGCGCCAGCCGUAGCAACGACCACACCCGGUGCCCCGGUGGCGCCCGGGGUUGUCCGGCCGUCGACGGCACCAUGCCCGGUGUCGGAGCCCACGACCGCCGCCUCUGGCCCGGAGGAAAAUGCCUGUUUGUUGCUGGUGUCGUUGAUACUCUCGGUGCCGGUGGCCCGGCCGGCAGUCCGCCGGGUGCUCGAUGACCUGAGCCACUUCCCGUCUGGCUUGGCCGGGCUGGCGCGGCGAAUGGUCGGACGCCUGAGCACGGUCCUUGGCAUGGAUUUCAACCUUCCGACGGCCCUGUUGACGGUGGCCCACCGGCACUUCGUGAAUUUGGUGUCCCCCGCCUGGAACUGGCUGUUGUACCCGCUGCUCGGGGAGGCUGGACCCAAUGGGCCGGUCACCGUGUCGCCGGCUUUGGCUUCCCUUUACUCGGAGCUGGCCGGGCUCCUGGAGCCAUUGGCCACCAUCCCCCUGGUCGGGCGUGGCUCCGAGACCACCCCUGACGCCGAGCGUCCCGAAUCACCACAGACCGACGACUGGGCGCACUGCCCGGCCACGAGGCGCGGCACACAGGCCAUCCAAUAUCUAAUGCACCCGGGCAUGCACCGGCCAUUGUCACAAAUGCUGUCACAUGCGAUGGCCGCGCAGGAGCACUUUGCCGAAUCGGCCAUCGGGGUGGUGGUGCUGCUGGCCCUGCGGCAUGCGGCACACACGGCCGAUUCGUUGGUGAUGGAGUUCCCUCCUGGCAUGGCGGUGUCGGCCGCCUCGCUGCCAUUGAUCCUCGGACAGAUCCAGCGGCGUCUGGCCACAUUGCAGACGUUGGCCUUCAGUGGACUUGGAGGGCCCAGCCCGGUCGGGGUGGCCGGGUCGGCCGGGUGGUUUGCCCGGCCCUUCGCGGGGCUGGACACCAGCUCGCCGAUCAUGCCCGGGCUGGGCUCCUCAUCACCGCCGCUGUUUCGGAGUGAUGCAUCGUCUCCGCGCCCGGAUGGCGAGUCUCCGUCACUGCAGUCCCGGCUGCCGGCCGACCUGCGGCCAGACCCGCGGCCGGAUCCCCACGACCUGGCCCUGAAUGAUCCCCUUGAAAGUACGAGGCUUGAGAAUGGCCGAGGUCCGGACUCCCCGAGGCCGGCACUUGGCGGCCCCAGCGGGCCGGCGGCGUCCGGGGCCCCGGGGUCCCUUCCUUUGCCGGAUUUGCCGCCGGUGUCGGCUGCUGGAAAUCCGCUCGAUUUGCCGGCAGCCUCGACCUCCGCCGGCAGCGGGGCCGGAUCCCCGCAGCCGUCCAGCCUCUUGGAGCUUACUCAGCCAACUGCCCCGGCGGCGGUGGCAGCGGCGGCCACAGGGCCCACCACUCCGGCGCAUCGGCUCCAUCACUCACAUCAUCAUCGUCAUCUCGCAGGUUCUGUGCCUGGUCCUGGGGCUUCCUUGAGCUCGCUCAUGGCGGCUGCCGCCAAUGUCGCCGCGACACGGGUCCAUGCGGCCGGCACGCCGGAUCCCCGGCCCACAGCCCAGUCGACCGCCGUGUUGGGCGGCGAGGCGGCUCUUUCCUUGGCUGGUGGGGCCGGCCGAUCGACGGCCGGUGCCGAGCCGGUCAGCGAAAGCGUCGUGGUCGGCGAGUCCCCGCAUCGCCAGCAGUCCGGGCCGGAUGGCGUCCUGAGCGCGGCCUCGCCGUCCAGCCCGUCAGAGCCCCCUUCCACUUCCGAUGGGACCCCCUUCGAAAUCUUGACCUUGAACUUGAGCCCGCUGGGCCCCGAUGGCACCACCUCGCGAGUCAGUCUCUUUGGGUGUUCGAUCUGUGCCGCCGACAACCCCUACGGGCAUUAUUCGCCGGCGGAGUGCCCAACCAGCAGCUUCGAGUUGGUCCCCGGCACGGCAAGUGCCCUGUGCCAGGCAACAUCCCCGGGAGAGGAGGCCCGGCGCCGGGGCCAUGCACCGGGCUGCAUGUGUUUCUGGUUCGAGGGGACGCCACAGCUGGCGGACCAUCUGAUCAAUGUCCACCUCCGGCGGCUGAAGGGCCGGCCGGGGCUGGAGGCCAUCUCGGCUGCCGAUGAGCUGGCAGAUGCCGACAGCUGGCCGGCCACUCCGGGGGCCUUGUCUCCGCGGGCGGCGCUGGACUCCAAUACCAGUGUGCACACGCGGCCGCCGCCAUUGCCGCCGGCCCUGAUCCGAUCCCUUCGGGACCCGGAGCGCGAGGAGCUGAAGGCCAAGUCCUCGGUGUCCUCGACGGUGGUGCUGUCCAAAUCACGGGAGAGCUUCGGCCAGGCGCUGCCACAGCUGCGGUACAUCAGUCGGUUCCAGUGCUGCUUUGCCAAUUGCUCGUACGUGGCCCAGUCCGAUCGGCGGUUCCUGCUCGUGACGCACCUGCGCAAGCACUUCCCCUCGGCGGCCUUCAAGUGCCCGAUCUGUUCGCAGUCCUACCGCCACUCGCAGAGCCUGCGCAAGCAUAUGCGCCGCGCGCAUGACAUGUGACAAGCAUGUCCUCCGCUGGGCAGGCCGCAGGACGAGCGAUCUGUGGAUGUGGAUGUGCGCGCGAGCGAAAUGUGUCCUUGUUCUGUGUCGCUCCUUGCGCGUCUCCCCGCCCCUCCUCUCGGGCCAGAGAGCAGGGCGGGCCAGGAAAAAAAUAAAAUAAAAUACACGGGUCUUUUCCUCCUGGCUUUCCCUUUUCCCUGGGGGCCUUCCU